GCGGGGACGCGCAUGGAGGGGGAAUAGGAAGAAGGAAGACAGGACGCUGAACAAACUUGAUAACUUCUAGCUGACUCGCUAGAAAUCUGUCUAUGUGACAGUGGAACUGGUUACUUAUUUCUGUGUAGAUUUUGUUAGCUAACAAAGGCCCCGUCUAAAUUCAGUCACCGUUGUCUCAACUCACCACACGACCCGACCGGCGGACCCGGGCAGCAGUUUUCAAACAGACGUUGCACUUGCUCGGCCGACCCGAAGCCAUCCAACGUCACAAAGUCACAUUUAUUUGCUUUUGUUGAAGUGCAGGGAUAACCAGUACAUUGAAGUAACGCUGUACACAAGCAGCUCGCUGGUUAAAGGCUCGGAGUCUUCCUCUUGGUGGGAAAACUUAUCCGCGGUCGGUGCUGUUGGAGGAAGAGACGAGGCCUUGCAGUUGAGGAGGCUGCAUGUGUUGAAGACCGCUGCUGGCGACGUUAUCUGAGCACUCAUAAACAUGUCGGCCCAGGCACAGAUGCGAGCGAUGCUGGACCAGCUCAUGGGGACGGGGAGAGACGGUGACACCAUGCGGCAGAGAAUCAAAUUCACAGAUGAGCGAGUCUGCAAAAGUCACCUCUUGGAUUCAUGUCCUCAUGACAUCCUCUCAGGCACCAGAAUGGACCUGGGAGAGUGCAUGAAAGUGCAUGACUUGGCACUCCGAGCUGAUUACGAGAUUGCCUCUAAGGAGCAGGAAUACUUCUUUGAACUUGAUGCCGCUGAACACCUUCAGUCUUUCAUUGCUGACUGUGACCGCAGGACUGAGUUGGCCAAGAAAAGACUAGCAGAAACACAAGAUGAGAUCAGCGCUGAAGUGGCUGCAAAGGCUGAACGUGUCCACGAGCUUAAUGAAGAGAUCGGGAAGCUGCUGGCCCGGGCAGAGCAGCUGGGAGGUGAGGGGAAUGUAGAAGAGGCCCAGCAGCUGCUGGAAAAAGUGGAGAAGACCCGGGCAUUAAAGAAGGAAGCAGAGGAUAUUUACCGGAACUCAAUGCCUGCCUCAAGCUUUCAACAGCAAAAACUGCGAGUGUGUGAGGUGUGCUCUGCCUACUUGGGUCUCCAUGACAAUGACCGUCGCCUGGCUGACCACUUUGGGGGGAAGCUGCACCUCGGUUUUAUUGAAAUCCGUGAGAAGCUUGAAAAGCUAAGGAAAGCUGUUAUCGAGAAACAAGAAAGAAUGCGCACGAGGCGGCGAGAGGAACGCGAAAGAGAAGAUGAAAGAGAGCGACAGUGGGAGCUGGAGAGGGAGCGGGAGAAAGAACGGGAAAGGGAACGAGAGAGAGAAAGACAGCGGGAACGAGAGCGAGAGUGGGAAAGAGAAAGGGACCGAAGGAGGUCAAGAUCUAGGAGUGGAGACCGAUACAGGGAUGGAGGCAGUUCGUCCUCCCAUCGUUCAAGGCGCCACCGCUCCUCUCGCUCCAGAGAAGAAGGUGGGGAACGGGAUCGUGAGAGGGAGAGGGAGAGGAAACAUCGACACAAGGAUAGACAUCGCUCACGCUCCCACUCACACAGACGCAAAAAGAAAAGAUCCUCCAAGGACAGAUCAUCUCACACCCGCGACAGAGAGCGCUCAGUGUCUCAGGAGAGAUGGAGGGAGGGUGCAGGAGAUGGAUGGCGUGGCGACAGAGCAGAUUACAGAGACUGGGAGGACAGGGAGAGGUCCACCUCUCCAGACAUGGCCAGGGAAAAGGAACGAGAGAGAUCCGUGUCGUGCGAACGGGACCGACGGUCCAGCUCGGAAGAGCGAGAGUCCGGGGAGAUAUGAACAGCAGGGGGCGCCUCCAAAGAGUUUAAUUUGGAUAUAUUAUUUAGUAAAAAACAUAAUAAGAGCAUGGAGAGAUGUGAGCCUGCUGGUGCAAGUGUGUGCGCUUGUGUUGACUUUGUAUACGUGUUCAUGUUGAAAACGGGACAUGUAUAUUAGGUGGGGUGGUGGUCGGUGGUGGUGGUCACAGAAACAUGCAAACCAGUUUUAUAAGAGUGAGGCGAGGCUGAUCUGGAAGCAGUGUAGUCGUCAUUUUUCAUGUCAUGUCAAUGGUCCUGUGUACAGUUACUUUCACACUGAUGAGGGGAAGAGUGGUGAGAAGACGGCACCCCUGCUUUAAGUCCAUUUUUAUUUUACUCACACAAAGUGCUGUAUUUUUUUAUCCUUAGUUUAAUGUUAAUACAGUUUAUCCCGUUCCCUUGGGAACCUCAGUUUCAGUAGCACGUUCGGUCUUGAUAAUGUGGCGUGGCCCUUGCAGUAAUGCUUGAAAUGAGGUGUGAAUGACUGAAGGCACUUCUCAUGGUUGUGUUUUACUUGCUGCCUUCAAGCCAUGACAAUCUCAUUUCGCAGAUUUGACAUGCAUUGGUUAAGAUGCCGUGAUGAGCUUGUACUUUGAAUAUAAACUCACUCACUCUCACCCACCCAAAAGAUGUCAUCCGAGUAUUUCUCCCUAGACCAGGAGGUAUAUAAAUUAUGUGAAUAUUUGACUUUGACACUUUUCAGACCGGGGAGGGGGGGUCAACUUUGCUGUGCCACCAUUAAUUGAAUGAUUUUGUAUUUAUUUUAUUUUUUUGGCUUCCAUUCAAACAAAAAAUGUUAUCCAGAUUUCUCUCUAACUUGUCUCCUGCUUUUUACAGCUGCAUCAGAUUAAACCCACCUUGGCAGCAAAA